AUGAACCUUGGCUCAAAGAACAAUCCCUACAACGGAGACGACUCCGAUGAAGAGGACGAAGAUUUUGUCCCUCCUGAUGACCAAGACGACAGUGAUUCCGAACAUUCUGGAGAUGAAGCGAAGCAGAACAACACUGUAGCCCCUGUGAACGACCCCGAGGAAGAAAAGAAAAGACGAGACGCUCUGUGGGCUAGCUUCCAAGCCUCCGUUGCAACUCCAGCGAAAUUACAAGACGCGCCAGUGCAGGAGAAAUUAGUGAAAGUCGUAAAGAGGUUCAGAUUUGCGGGGGAAGAGGUCGUCGAAGUCGUCGAGGUCCCCGAAGAUUCCGCAGACGCGAAGUGGCCCUUGUGGAAGGAUCCCAAUGCUGAAUCAACCGACUCGCCCGCGCCAGAACUCCCAACUGAGGACCCGGUACCUGAAGCCGAAACUCCAACCCAACCCACACUAAACCCUGCCCCAUCUUUCUCUACGCCCACACCGUCUACAUCCUCCUCCGCACCAGUCCCAAAGCCACCAGCCAAACGUCCAGGACCUCGGAAGCCCAAAACCGUUCUUGCUCCUGUACCAGGACCAUCCAAGGCAAAAAAGUUGACAACGCUGGACAAGUCGGCGAUGGAUUGGCGAUCGCACCUGCAGGAGGCCGGAUCCUCGGCUCAGGAGGAGCUCGAAGCCAACAGAAGGGCUGGUGGUUAUCUAGAGAAGGUGGAGUUCCUGAAACGUGUUGAAGAACGGAAGGAGGACCAGCUGGAGGCUGCAAAGAGAAAUAAGCGUCGAAAAUUAUAG